UCUAUCAUAAAGCCUUCACAAUCGGGCGGGAAAAUUAAAAUGAGGUGGAAAACCGAGCGGCACCAUGAACUCGUUACAUAGCCGCGAGUCGAACUCAAACACUCUCUAACUCAAACUCAACUCAAUUCGUUUAGACCUCUAAUCUUAUUUGACCAAAUCUGUUUUUGAUUGCGUAUCAGUUGUAAGAACAAUUUAAAUAAGUUGAAGUCAACUGAAAUAGCCGGCACGUUUUUUAUAUGACCCCCCUAUAUCUCUCUCUCUCUCCUUCAUCAUCUUCUCAUAAAUACGCAGAGGACGGACCAUGUUCUAUAUGUGUACGUUUGAGAGAAAGAGAGACACACGGAGAGGGAGAGCGAGAGGGAGAGAUCUAGAUCUGGAGACUGGAGGCGAUGGGUUCUGCUUCAUUAAUAGAGAAAGCACACGCAGUAUGUGUCCCGUUUCCAGCCCAAGGGCAUAUGAACCCCAUGCUUAAGGUUGCCAAGCUUCUCCACAGCCACGGCUUCCACAUCACCUUUGUCCUCACCGAGUUCAAUCACCGCCGCUUGGUCCUCUCCUCCGGCCAGGAGGCCGUGAAGGGGCUUUCCGACUUCCAGUUCCAAACCAUCCCCGACGGCCUUCCUUUCUCCGAAGAAGACGCUACGCAGGACAUUCCAACGCUCUGCGAUUCCACAUCCAUGAACUGUCUCCCACACUUUCGCCGUCUCCUGGCAGAACUCAAUGAAGAAAGCAUCAACAACAACAGCCGACCACCUGUCUCCUGCAUCGUCUCCGAUGGAGCCAUGUCCUUCACCCUGGACGUUGCUCGUGAGCUCGGCAUUCCUGAGGUUCUCUUCUGGACAACCAGCGCCUGCGGCUACCUCGCGUACAACUACUAUCGCCACCUUAUCGACCGUGGCCUAAUUCCUCUCAAAGACAUUGGGAAUGUGAGCGAUGGGUUCCUUGAUGCCAAGGUGGAUUGGAUACCGGGGCUUAUGAAGGACAUGCGUCUCAAGGAUUUCCCCACCUUCAUUCGCACUGUGGAUGCCAAUGAUAUCAUGCUAAACUUUGUAGUCCAAGAGAUGUCGCAAGCUUCCCAGGCCUCUGCCAUUAUCCUCAACACAUUUGAAGACUUGGAACAAUCGGCUAUAAUAGCAUUGGAGAAAAUACUGCCCCCUAUCUAUUCAAUUGGCCCUCUCACUCUCCUCAAUCGUAAUGAAAUCUCAAAUGAAAGUCCCACCGCCACCAUCACCGCAAGCCUAUGGAAGAAGGAUGAUUUCUACCUUGAGUGGCUCAACAGUCAUCAUGAUCCUUGCUCAAUCGUGUAUGUUAACUUUGGAAGCAUUACAGUGAUGACCAAUGAGCAGCUCUUGGAGUUUGCGUGGGGUUUGGCUAACAGCGGAUACCACUUUUUGUGGGUGAUACGACCAGAUCUUGUUAAAGGAGAAUCUUCAGUUUUGCCACUGGAGUUCAUUGAGGAGACCAAAGAGAGAGGAUUGAUGGUUAGUUGGUGUGCGCAAGAGGAGGUGCUCAUGCACCCAACAGUCAGUGUUUUUCUGACGCAUUCUGGCUGGAACUCCACUAUUGAGAGUAUUAGCUUCGGCGUGCCGAUGAUCUGCUGGCCAUUUUUUGCAGAACAACAGACCAACUGUAGGUAUUCAUGCGUGGAAUGGGGCGUGGGGCUGGAGAUUGACAACAAUGUCAAAAGGAAAGAGGUGGAAGAGCUCAUAAGGGAGAUGAUGACAGGGGAGCAAAAGGGGAAGGAGAUAAGGAAUAAGGCGAUGGAGUGGAAGGAAAGUGCAAUCAAGGCUAUUGAUCCCGAUGGAGCCUCGCAAAUUAACCUUGAAAGGAUGAUUAAUGAGGUUCUUCGCAACUAGGAGGACCAGCCAAAAAAUAUUGGAGUAAAAUGAAGUG